AUGAUUAGGACCAGAGUGUUAUUCAGUACAGUUCUCAUCAUUGGUAUUUUACUCGUUACAGCAUUACUAGACAAAUUGUUUCUCAACGGGAUUAUUGAACAAUCACUUCAAAGGAGAAGUAACAUAAUUUCUGCGCUAGCAAAGAAGAACAAAGUCGUUGGAAUCACCACUACUGUUCUUGUUAUUCUAUUUUCCUUGCACUUUGUUGCUCCAUCCACCUUCAACUUACCGCAAAUCGCAUACAAAGUCCUUAAUUACAUGAAUGCAAAUUAUAGAUUCUUAUCGGGAUCACUGGGGUUUGGCUCGAGAUUUUCUAACAACGGCGUGAGCUCCAGCCGGUCGCAGGAGACAAGAUUUGCAUUGAAGAAUGGCGGUGAGCUAGGAGGUUUGAGCAAUGAAGGAAACACUUGUUUCAUGAACUCAGUGAUUCAGUCGUUAGCCUCUUCUACGGAGUUGAUGAAGUUCAUUAACUCCAAUGUUUAUGCACAGCUUGAAGUCAUGAACCACGGCCAAGUUUCUAGGGUUAGAACUGGUCACUAUCGGUCUGAAAUGAUUUUCACCAGAGCUUUGAAGAAGUUACUAGAUGAAGUCAACGGAGCUUACGGGUCUCGUGGAAAAGAAUUUAGCACGAAGCCAUUGUUAAACAAGAUGCCAAAUAGUCCGAAGCAGAACUUCUUCACUGGUUACAACCAGGAAGAUGCUCAAGAGUUCUAUCAGCUUGUCAUGCGCAUUGUUGAGAAAGAAUACAAGCUGAUUUCCAAGUCCAGAGAAGCCACUCCGGAACCUGAGUCAGGUGAAGAUAAGAACGAGAAGCAGCCAAAGUACGUGAGUGCACUGUCUGUUCCAAAUUACCGAUCCGGUUGCAGCGCACUCGGAAAGCUCGGCAAUGUUUAUGUUCCUGCUCAUCAGGUGGACCCUAACAUUCCUGAUUCCGAGAACUUGAUUUAUCCUCUUGAACUUAUCACCCCCGUUGAUGGUAUUUCUGCUGAAAGAAUUGGAUGUAUUUCGUGUGGUGAAGUGGGAGGAAUUCGUUAUUCAGUGCUCAGUGGAUUGAGUUUGAAUUUGCCCUAUGAUCAGUCUUACUUCCCCGGCUAUAAUUUGUCACAAUUGCUUCAGGAGUGGAUUAAGCCUGAAAUUAUUGAUGAGGUCAACUGUAACAGAUGUGGCUUGAUUCAGACAAAAGAAUUUCUUCUCGAAAACAUCAGCAAUACAAAUAAUGAGAAAUUGGUCUCUGAUUUCUCCAAAAGGGUUGCUGAAAUCGAUGACGAACUCACUAAGGACCAUAUCUCUGAUGAGGUUUUCGAGCGUUUGACAACCAAGCGCAUGAUUAGAAAAACAAGAAAAACAAAGCAAAUUUUGUUGAGCAGACCCCCUCCACUAUUGUGCAUUCAUAUCAAUCGUUCGGUGUUUGAUCCAAACACAUAUAUGAUUGUGAAAAACUCUAAAAAUGUCAGCUUCCCUGGCAAGCUUGACUUGAAUCCUUAUGUGGCCGAGCCAAAGGAUAUUAACAUGGAUGCUAGACUUGCUUUUAGAAAACAGGAUGAGCAACCCGCAGAAGUUGCCCCCGAUAGAGAUGGUGACGAGAAAGAAUCGGCUUCAGAUUCGUCAGAUUUGGAAGAAGAACCAAAGGAAGAAAUUGUGCCAGUGGUGACUGAUUCUCAAAAUAGCCAGCUCAUUUACAACUUGAAGGCGGUUAUCUCACAUUAUGGAACCCACAACUAUGGUCAUUAUAUCUGUUACAGAAGAUUGCGUGGAUCAUGGUGGAGAAUCAGUGAUGAGUCUGUUUAUGUUGUUACCGAAAACGAGGUGUUGAAGUCGCAAGGAACAUUCAUGCUUUUCUACGAGAUGGACGAUGGCCAUAAGGAAACUCUUCAGGACUUAACAGACGAUGAGUCAGAAAAAGAAGAUGUUACAAAGGAAGUAAAGGCUGACAACUUACUGCUGCUGCUGGUACUGCUGAUGGAAGCAGAUGAGGGCAAAGAGGUCGAUAAGGUGAGUGAGGAUGUUUCGAACACACUUUUGGAAACCGCCUCUUCGGACUCCAAUUCCGAUCUAUUCCCAAAUGCCCAAUUCAACAUGGGAGAAGAUAGGGCCUACCAUGUAUAG